AAUACAUUUUUCUUUUCUUUCACAAUGUGGUUGUUAGAAGGCAAAAGUUGGGUUCUUGGAACAAUUUACUAUGUGGGGUUGUUUGUAAUGAUGAAUUUGUGUAAUGGAAAUGAAGAAAUGGUGUUUACAAAUGGUUCUUGGUGGCCAUCAUCAGUAACAGCUAUGUAUAUUUUAGGUGAUUCUUCAGUUGAUUGUGGUGAUAACACUCCAUUUUAUCCAAUUUUGCAUCAAAAUCUGUCAUUGCAUCCUUGUAAUGGCUCUGAUCAAACUCUUCUUCCUCAACUUCUUGCUAAGAAGAUGGGCUUGCAAUAUGUCAAACCGUUCUACAGUCAGAAUGGAUCGAUCGACGAUCUUCUAAAUGGAGUGAAUUUCGGUGCUGCACAAGCUACCAUCAUGUACCCUAGAAGUCGAAGCUACCAGUCCCUCAACCAACAACUCCGCCAAGCAUUCGAGACCAUCCAAUUACUACAGCUUCAGCUAGGCCAAGAUACUGCCAAAAGUCUAAUUGAAUCCUCCCUUUUCUACUUGUCCUUUGGAAAAGAUGAUCUCAUCAACUACUUGGUUGAUGAUGAAUAUGCAACAAGUCCUGGAUACGAUGGCCUAAAUUUCACACGUGUUUUGGUUGACCAAAUGAUAAAUGUCAUUGAGAACCUUUAUGAUGCAAAUGCUAGGAAGAUUGUAUGCAUGGGCAUACUGCCUUUGGGAUGUUCACCGAGCGUAAUGAGCAUAAGGUACAAUUCAACUGUUGGCGAUAAAUUGGGAUGUGAGAACGAUGUCAACUUACUAGUUUUGGAAUAUAAUACAAGGCUAGAGCAGAAAAUUGUUGACCUUAACCACAAAAUGCAAGGCGCCCAAGUCAUAUUCUGUGAUACUUACCGAGCAAUGAUGGAAUUCAUUUUUCAUCCUCAAGCCUAUGGUUUUUCGGAUGCAAAGAGUGCUUGCUGUGGGAUAGGCAAAUAUGGCGGUACGAAAGGCUGCCUGUCACCCGAUAUGGCGUGCCCCCGAGCUUCAAGUCACGUAUGGUGGGAUUUAUAUAACCCCACUGAAGCUGUGAAUAUCUUGCUAGCAAAUUCAGCAUGGUCCGGCAAUCCUUUGCCUUCCAUUUGUCGUCCGAUCACUUUUAAGGCAUUGGGAUCCUCUUCAUACUAGAAAACACAAGCAGUAAAAUCGCUUUAACAUUGAAGUGCUAGUUGCUACUUGUUAACAACUUUUCACCAAACACAAUAAAUGCUUUUAUCAGGUUCAAUAUUUCCAUCCAAGAAUGUACUUAUACCUAUUUUUAAUAAGUUUCUACACUUGAGUGCUUUUCAACACUUAUGCCUAUCAAUAUUGUUCAACCAAC